GGGGGAGGGGACGGGCUGGCAAGUGGGGGCCUGGACCCUGGGAGGCCAGGGGACUGUGAGCAGGGCCGGUGGAGCAGAGGGUGCAGAAGCAAGAGCGUCCAAGUUGGCUGGCUGACAGCUUCAAGUGAGACCCGAAGGCAUUCCCAACUCAGGGAGACUGAGCUGUCACUCACUUGCUGGACAAAAUGAUAUUCCUCACGACACUGCCUCUGUUUUGGAUUAUGAUUUCAGCCUCUCGAGGGGGUCACUGGGGUGCCUGGAUGCCCUCCUCCAUCUCCGCCUUCGAGGGCACGUGCGUCUCCAUCCCCUGCCGCUUCGACUUCCCCGAUGAGCUGCGGCCAGCCGUGGUGCAUGGCGUCUGGUACUUCAACAGCCCCUACCCGAAAAACUAUCCCCCGGUGGUCUUCAAGUCUCGAACCCAAGUCGUGCACGAGAGCUUUCAGGGCCGCAGCCGCCUCCUGGGGGACCUGGGCCUGCGUAACUGCACCCUCCUGCUCAGCAGCCUCAGCCCCGAGCUGGGUGGCAAGUACUACUUCCGCGGGGACCUAGGAGGCUACAACCAGUACACCUUCUCGGAGCACAGUGUCCUGGAUAUCAUCAACACUCCCAACAUCGUGGUCCCCCCGGAGGUGGUGGUAGGCUCGGAAGUGGAGGUGAGCUGCAUGGUGCCUGACAACUGCCCAGAGCUGCGCCCGGAGCUCAGCUGGCUGGGCCACGAAGGGCUGGGGGAGCCCUCCGUGCUGGGUCGGCUGCGCGAGGACGAGGGCACCUGGGUGCAGGUGUCGCUGCUACACUUCGUGCCCACUAGGGAGGCCAACGGCCACCGGCUGGGCUGCCAGGCCUCCUUCCCCAACACCACCCUGCAGUUCGAGGGCUACGCCAGCCUGGACGUCAAGUACCCCCCCGUGAUCGUGGAGAUGAACGCCUCGGUGGAAGCCAUCGAGGGCUCGCACGUCAGCCUGCUCUGCGGGGCGGACAGCAACCCGCUGCCGCUGCUGACCUGGAUGCGGGACGGCACGGUGCUCCGGGAGGCCGUGGCCGAGAGCCUGUUCUUGGAUCUGGAAGAGGUGACCCCCGCGGAGGACGGCGUCUACGCCUGCCUGGCAGAGAACGCCUACGGCCAGGACAACCGCACCGUGGGGCUCAGCGUCAUGUAUGCACCCCGGAAGCCGAUGGUGAACGGGACAAUGGUGGCCGUGGAGGGGGAGAUGGUCUCCAUCUUGUGCUCCACACAGAGCAACCCGGAUCCUAUUCUCACCAUCUUCAAGGAGAAGCAGAUUCUGGCCACGGUCAUCUACGAGAGCGAGCUGCAGCUUGAGUUGCCUGCUGUCACUCCCGAGGAUGACGGAGAGUAUUGGUGUGUGGCUGAGAACCAGUAUGGCCAGAGGGCCACCACCUUCAACCUAUCCGUGGAAUGCUCGGUGCCGGUCCUGAGUGCCUGCGGCCAAGGCUUUGCUCACGUGCUCCCCCUGCUGGAAUGGUUUCAUUUAUCUCAUCCUGAAUCCUUGGGAGGAAUGUUAAGCCUCUGUAUCACACUUGUUGCCCCCUUGAUCCUCCUGGAGUCCCACUGCGCAGCAGCCCGGGACACAGUGCAGUGCCUGUGCGUGGUGAAAUCCAACCCGGAGCCGUCCGUGGCCUUCGAGCUGCCCUCACGCAACGUGACCGUGAAUGAGACGGAACGGGAGUUCGUGUACUCGGAGCGCAGCGGCCUCCUGCUCACCAGCAUCCUCACGCUGCGGGGCCAGGCCCAGGCCCCGCCCCGGGUCAUCUGCACAGCCCACAACCUCUACGGCACCAAGAGCCUCGAGCUGCCCUUCCAGGGAGCCCACCGCCUGAUGUGGGCCAAGAUCGGCCCCGUGGGAGCCGUGGGAGCCUUUGCCAUCCUAAUUGCCACCGUCUGCUACAUUACCCAGACACGCAGAAAAAAGAACGUGACAGAGAGCCCCAGCUUCUCGGCGGGGGACAACCCCCCGGUCCUGUUCAGCAGCGACUUCCGCAUCUCUGGGGCGCCAGAGAAGUAUGAGAGUGAGAGGCGACUGGGAUCUGAGAGGAGGCUGCUGGGCCUUCGGGGGGAACCCCCAGAGCUGGACCUGAGCUAUUCUCACUCGGACCUGGGAAAACGACCCACCAAGGACAGCUACACCCUGACAGAGGAGCUGGCCGAGUAUGCUGAAAUCCGUGUCAAGUGAGGGAGCUGGGGGCAGCCUGUGUGGCCAUCCCUCCCUCAGGACCCUCACUGGCCCCUACUGGCUAUGGGCUCCCUUGCUCCUCAGAGUGGUGGGGGCUGGGGCAGGAAAGGGAGGGGGCAGGUGACAGUGAGGUCUUGGGGGCCUGGCCUCCCCUCCUUCCCAGCUGCCCCCGGCCCUACCAGCACCCACCCCACGCUGUGGCUCCUCUCUAACCUCCUUUAACCUCAUCUGUCCGGAGGGGAGCUCCGUCUGUCCAUCCAUGUUAUUUAUUGCCACCCCCUGCCUUGUCUCCUGCCCCCACACCCAGCCCCAGGACCUGUACAGAGGGACUGAAAUAAAGGCCAUGAAGCCAUG